UGUUGUCACUUGCCUUUACCAUUUUUGCAGCUUUCUGAAGAGACGGCAUGGAGGGCAAUAAUGGAAUAAAGAAAGAUGUCACUGAGUUGAUUGGGAACACACCAACGGUAUAUCUGAACAAUGUUGUAGAUGGUUGUGUCACUCGGAUUGCUGCCAAGCUAGAGAUGAUGGAACCUUGUUCUAGUGUCAAAGACAGGAUAGCAUAUAGUAUGAUAAAGGAUGCCGAGGAUAAAGGUCCCAUCACUCCGGGGAAGACUGUCCUGAUUGAGCCUACAAGUGGCAAUACCGGCAUCGGGCUGGCAUCCAUAGCAGCACUCAAAGGUUACAAGCUUAAACUAGCCAUACCCGCUUCAAUGAGUGUUGAAAGGAGAAUUGUGCUCCGAGCUUUCGGAGCUGAGGUGUACCUCACAGAACCUGCCAAGGCCUUCAAAGGGGGUCUUGAAAAGGCCUUGGAGCUUCUAAACAAGACACCAAAUGGAUAUAUGCUUCAGCAAUUCGAAAACCCCGCCAAUCCAUUGAUUCAUUAUGAAACCACUGGCCCGGAAAUAUGGAGAGACUCAGGAGGCAGAGUUGAUGCCUUGGUUUCGGGGAUAGGGACCGGGGGUACAGCAACUGGUGCAGGGAAAUUCCUUAAGGAGCAAAAUCCACAGAUCAAGGUGUAUGGGGUAGAGCCAGUAGAAAGUGCAGUAUUAUCUGGGGGAUUGCCUGGGGAGCAUCUGAUCCAAGGAAUUGGUGCUGGUAUAAUUCCUAGUAUUCUAGAUGUUAAUCUGCUUGAUGAAAUUUUCCAAAUAUCAAGCGAGGAAGCUAUUGAAAUGGCUAAGCUGAUUGCCUUGAAAGAAGGUCUGCUGGUAGGGAUUUCAUCUGGUGCUGCAGCUGCUGCUGCCAUUAAGCUGGCAAAGCGGCCAGAAAAUGCUGGAAAACUCAUUGUUGUUGUGUUCCCCAGUUCUGGAGAACGUUACCUUUCUACUUCACUCUUUGAUUCCAUUAGGCAUGAGGCAGAAAACAUGACUUUUGAUUGAGUAAUUCCCGAUGGAGACGUGUGCCUACUAAUUUUAUGUCUUUUCUCAUGAAAUUGUACUUGCCGUUCGGCUAUUCUAUUAGAAUUCCCCCUUCUUCCGAGUAAUAAGUGGACAGAUUGAUGUCUACUAAGUUUAACCUAUCUCAAAUAUGGAAUGGAUGGAUUUCAUUUCAAGGAUUUAUUCAACACUGUUCUACUAUAGUUGCUUUUGGAUAUGCUAAAGGCAUGUAAUGUCAUUAUUUUGUUUUCGAAAGUAUGUGGUCCUUUGUUUUAUGCAUUAGCAGGACGUGGAUUCUCCCUCAU